AUGCCCCAGCAAAUUCGUUGGACUCCAUUUGGCAUCCCGUAUGUGGUGGAGUUCAACAACAUAUCGUUCACGCCUCGUAGAACGGUGUCUCCUUCAGAAGAUACACUCGCGAGCUUUCCUGCACCGGAGAAAUCUCCUUCUGUCUCGGAGCAAUCUCUGACCUACUCAUGCCCAUCUGCUACAAGCUCAACUUCUUCUUUUUGUCAUAUCUCGCAAUGUAUGCUAGAAUCCCCACUAAAGACUCGUUCAUCCAUUUCGCGCCUGGUAUCCUUAUCUCGUUCCGCGCCUGGUAUGCGCUCAGCGUCUUCAUUCUUCAAGCGGAAACACCAGAAUGCUCAUCCAAGCACACGCAAACCUUACUCGACAACCCAAAAUCCAUCCAGCAACCCAAUCGACACGUGGUGCUAUAUACCUGCGCACGUUCCCAAACCCCUUCCCCCCGUGCCUCAGCAAGAACCUGAAGGCAUCCAUGUGGACGGGCUCCACAUACAAUUCGCCACGCCCCCAUGCGAUCCACGUGCAUCAUCCCGAAGUCGACUUGUGCGUUUGCAAAAAACGAUCACUAGCGCUGUUGUCGAGGCAGGCAUGGAUACUCCCUCCGCACUUGAGGAACAGAUGGAUGUCUCGACAAAUGUUCCUGAUUAUCAUAGCCGCGACACACUGUUCCGCGGGACAUAUGGCCAGGUCAUGGUCGCUCUGAAAGCAGCAGGCCUUGUUGCAACGCCAUGUAUGGAGGGCGAUUUUGCAGGUGCUACGCGUUUGGGCGCGCUCUUUGUCGCACAUAGAUCCUCAGAGGAGAGGAAUGUGCAGCUAAGAAAGCUGACACUUUGGGGCUAA